UUACAGUAUACUAUAUUCUCAAACUUCAAGUUCUAAGUUCCCAAACAAUGUCAAACUUCCACAACCAUUGUGUUGUCACUCUUAAGGGAAGUAACUCCUACAUAUCUUCUCUAGCUAUCGCUGGAAAAUUCCUAUGCAUCGGCAAUUCUGACAAAGAAAUCCUCUUGUGGAAACGCGAUUCAUUGAUCUCAGGAUUGGAUCACGAACUAAUAAUGGAAAACAAUACGAUAGCCACAGGAAAGGGAGCAGUGAAGUUCCUUGUUGUUUUGGCUGACAAACUCUUUAGUGCCCAUCAAGAUCAUAAAAUCCGUGUGUGGCAAAUUGAUGGUCAUGGAGUUGAUGAUAAUAACCACCCGUUUACACACUUGGCUACACUUCCAACACUAACUGACCGGGCUAUCAAACUUCUAAACCCAAACAACAAUGUCCAAAUCCGUCGUCACAAGAAAACAACAUGGGUUCAUCAUGUGGACACGGUUUCCUCGUUAGCCCUAUCUCAAGAUGAAUCUCUACUCUACUCAGUCUCCUGGGACCGGACACUAAAAGUUUGGCAAACAAACAACUUUAAAUGCUUGGAGUCUGUCAGGAAUGCACACGACGAUGCAAUAAACGCAGUGGCUAUAACCAACGAUGGAUAUGUCUAUACUGGAUCAACAGACAAGAAGAUAAAGGUUUGGAAGAAAGGAGUAGGCCAGAAAAGACAUUCUCUAGUUGCCACACUAGAGAAACAUCACUCGGGUGUCAAUGCACUUGCGGUGAGCUCAGAUGGGUCGGUUAUAUUUUCGGGAGCAAGUGACAAAUCAAUAGUGGCUUGGGAGAGAAAUGGAAAUGGUGAUGGUAACAUGGUGGCUGUGGGAGAGCUAAUAGGGCAUACAAAGGCAGUAUUGUGUUUGACUGUGGUUGAUCAUUUACUUUUCAGUGGAUCUGCAGAUAGAACUAUUAGAAUUUGGAGGGAAAUGGAGAGAUAUUGUUAUUCUUGCUUUGCAGUAUUGGAGGGUCACAGAGGUCCUGUCAAAUGUUUAGCAGCAGCAAGCACUAAGCCUAAUAAUGUUCAUGAUGCAACAACAAAACCUGCAUACCUUCUCUACAGUGGCAGUUUGGACUGCGAAUUGAAAGUCUGGCAGAUUUUUGUUGCCCUUCCAUAGAUCUAUCUCUACAAAAUUAUUUUUUUGGGUCAGGGCUUAUGUAAAAUAUUAUUAUGUUCCUUCUGAAAUGAGUUCAUGACUCAGAUCAGAUAAUAUUUUCU